UGGUUAGAGGAUUUUAGAAUAAUAGUAAAAACAGCAAAUAACUAUGGGUUCGAAAUCGGAAGAGAAGCUGCCGGCGCACGUGGUGAUAUUCCCGUUCCCGGCGCAGGGGCACAUGAAUUGUAUGCUCAAUCUUGCUCAUCUCUUCUGUUUAUCUGACUUCCACGUCACCUUCAUCGUGUCAGAGUUCAGCCACCGCCUCCUUCUCAAGAACACCUCCGUCCCCGCCACUUUCGCCGCCUAUCCCGGUUUCCAGUUCCGGGCUAUCCCCGAUGGCCUCCCCGAUGAUCACCCCCGCUUCGGUGACAAACUCGGCGAUAUCAUUCCCGCUGUUACAAACAUCAUGGUUCCACUUUUCAAGAAAAUGAUGGCUGACGAAAACCUCCUCGCUUCCCCUCACCGCCGGCCGGCCACGUGCUUCGUCGCGGACGGAAGUUUCGGAUUCGCCACUGACUUUGCGGAAGAGAACGGCCUUCCCUUGGUCUAUUUCCGAACCCCCAGCGCCGCCUACUUCUGGGCUUUUUAUCAAGUCAAUGAUCUCAUUCAAGCUCAAGAAAUUCCAAUUAAAGGGAAAUCGAUGGACGGAUUAGUGAAAGGCAUACCGGGGAUGGAGGGAUUCCUGCGCCGCCGUGACCUGCCGAGCUUGUUCCACACCGACGAUGUAAACAACCAUCUUCUUCAGAGAUUAGCUGCAGCGACAAGGCAAAUUGUACGAGCACAAGCAGUCAUAUUCAACACCUACGAAGAUUUAGAGGGGACGAUUUUAUCAGCCAUGCUCGAAGAAUUGCCACAAAUCUACUCUAUUGGUCCGAUCCACGAGCACCAGAAAUCCAGGCUCAUUGAAAAGAAAUCCGAGGCCUCAAUUGUAGCCGGAAAUUUAUGGCUGGAAGACCGGAGCUGCAUUGAUUGGUUGAACGCUCAGCCACUGAGAUCGGUGAUAUAUGUGAGCUUUGGGAGCAUAACAGUUGUAACGAGAGAGCAAUUGAUGGAGUUCUGGCAUGGUUUGGUCAAUAGCUCUCAUAGAUUCCUGUGGGUGAUGCGCUCAGAUUUCGUCACUGGAGAAGAUGGGGCCGAUCAAAUCCUGGCGGAAUUGACGGAGGGUACUAAAGAAAAGGGUUACUUGGUGAAGUGGGCGCCGCAGGAGGAGGUUCUCGGACACCCAGCAGUGGGUGCAUUUUUGACGCAUAGUGGAUGGAACUCGACACUGGAGAGCAUUGUUGCUGGUGUGCCAAUGAUAUGCUGGCCUUAUUUUGGUGAUCAAACCAUUAAUAGUAGGUUCGUGAGUGAAGUUUGGAAGAUUGGACUUGACAUUAAAGAUACUUGUGAUAGAUUGAUUAUUGAGAAAGCGGUUAGAGAGGUUAUGGAAGUGAGAAAGGAUGAGUUUAUUGAAAGGGCAGAUGGUAUGUCCAAAAUGGCUAAGAAGGCUGUUGAAAGGGGAGGUUCUUCAUAUACCAAUUUGGAUGAUCUAAUUGACUAUAUCAACUCAUUGAUAGUAAAUUCAUAAAGUAUUGGACUAUUUUAAAUCGCAAUAAUGUUGUGCCACAACGGAGGCAAGCCGCGUUCAUGACUUCCCAAUCUCUUGCUCUGUUUUUGUAUACUCCAUUAAGUUUCAAUGGUCCAUUUUGAUCGUCCACUGAAAUUAGUUCUAUUUCUAGCUGAUAGAAACUCUCACCACCGUUUAUUUAUAUCUUACCUACUUUAUUCAUUUUUUC